AUGGGGAAAAGAAGAGUUAAAAAUGAAGAUGAGAAGAAAAGAAAGUCAAAGAUGAAGAUGAAGAUGAAGAAGAAGAAAAAACCAUGUUGUGAAAAAGAGGGGUUGAAGAAAGGGGCAUGGACUGCUCAAGAGGAUAGAAUUCUAGUCGAUUUCAUCACUCAAAAUGGCCAUCCCAAUUGGAGAAAUCUCCCUAAACUUGCAGGUCUUCUACGGUGUGGCAAAAGCUGUCGGCUUCGCUGGACUAACUACCUACGGCCGGGGAUCAAACGAGGACCCUUCACCCCAGACGAGGAGAAAGAGAUCAUUCACCUGCACACCACUCUUGGUAACAAGUGGUCUGCAAUAGCUUCAUGUCUGCCUGGGAGAACCGACAACGAUAUCAAGAACUACUGGAACUCACAUUUGAGGAAGCGAAUCAUCCCCGAUCAGUCCCCUUCUUCUCCUAUGUCUCAGAACGACGAGUCCCUGUCCAGUGUCACAUUGCUUCUCAGCCCACCAUUUGGUGUUGAGCCAGGUGUAUCUCAAUCCGGUGCCUCUCCUGAAAGGGAUCAUCCGAAAAUCGAACUCGUCACAACCUGCAAGAAGGAAGAAGAAAACAUCAUGAUAGAUUUUUCAGACAACUCAAGCUCAUACGAAUUCAAUGAUUCCACAGAUGCAAUGCUGAUGCUGUUGCUCGAUUUUCCUGCACCUGGCAAUGAUAUUGAAUUCCUACAAGGUCCUCCUCCCACUGCUGAUAUCCCUAAUCACAUUCAAAUGUAAAUUCGACAGGAGCCGAAGCAAUGCAGACAAUUUCAUCUACUUUCAUAGUUGUACUGAAAAAAAUUCAAUAAUUGAAUGGCACAAAUAAGCUUACAAGCUAAUGUAUUUUUUUGUCACAAAUUCAGAAGUUAAAAACUCUUUACAGACACUGUGAAGACCUACAAAUAAAGAAAUAUCAUCACACUAUGCACACACAAACUAAUGAGAAAACAAAUAUUAAUUCUACAAUAAAU